AGUAAAUUCAAAUAGGUCAACUUUUUUUGGGCACCUGGGCACGACCAGGUAUGGAACCUUCUCGUGUACCCAGGGGUCCUGCCCCACGUCUCAUUUUUCUCUUCUGCACUCUCACCCUUACGCUCGCAGCAAGUGCGAUGCUGUGUGCUGCGAUAAUGUCUGAUCAUUGGGAAGAAGUUGGAUGGAAUAGGGAAGCAUUAUCUCAAACCAAUAUUAGUCCCACAUGGUAUUUGGAUGGCAAAGUGGCCAUGCUUGAAUCAAUUCCCGGUCACGGAAGUUUUUCUCACCACUUUAAAAAAAAACCGGCAUUUUUAGUACCAAUGCACGGAGGAAUUUGGACUUUGUGUGUAUCUCUUACUGAGGAUGAAAUUCGUCUUUUGGAAAGAGUGGGAUUUCCCCAAGAAAAGUGCAUCAAUUACUUAAAUCCUGACGAGGCUCAUGAAGAAAUGCGAGCUGCUUGGCAAAAUCGCAUGCAAAAUUUGAGCAUCUCCUGUUCACUAGUGUGCAUGAUAAUUUUGGGAACUGCUGUGAUAGUUGGUUCUUUUGGAUUGUGCCGACAUCAAAUUUCAGCUGUUCUUGUGACUGGAGUCAUGUAUCUUUUGGCUGCAACAUUUGCCCUCUUCACAUUGACAAUAAUUCACUGCAAAAGGGCUCAGGAUCGAAACGCCCGAGUUUUCGAAGGCCCUGAGGAUGGUGUUGUAGGUGGACCCGUGCCUCGAAGUAUUCUCAAGGCAAGAAAUUUUACAACUUCCUGGAGUAUGGAUUUCGGAUGGGGAGGAGUGACUCUUUGUGCUCUUGCAUCUGUAGCCUGGAUUUUGCUCAGCAAAAUAAUGAGAUUUAAUCCAAUUUCUACUAUGAUUGCGUAGCAGAGUGAAGCCUUCGAGGUCUAAGAGUUUAAAACCGGAAGUUCGAUGGAACCAAAGAGAGCAAGGGACGGGAAAAAUAUUUUUAAAAUAAGUCAAUUAUUGUCGAGAAUAAAGCAAUUAAAUUGUAUUAAUUGAAAAUAUUUAACUUAUUAGUACCAAAGUGGCGAUUCGGUGGAUUAUUUCAAAUUCCCGGGAUUUUUUUUUUUUCGGUCAAGUUUUUCGAAUUUUCUUGGUCAACUAAAAGUA